AACUAUAUAUUAUCAUCAUCGUCAUCAUUUCUCAUUUUACUAUUUUUUUUUCCUUUCUUUUAUUAUUAUAUAUAUAUCUGUAUUCACCUCACUUCUUUUCUCAUCUACUCUACCACUCCUCUUUCUCAUGGGUUCUAUUGAAAUUCAAAGCUCAGAACCUGAGAUUGUCACCGUUGAUGUGCUUGCAGCCAAGUCUCUCAUCCAGACCACCCAUGUUUAUCUUGAUGUCAGAACGGCGGAGGAGUUUCAGAAAGGACAUGUGGAUUCAGACAAGAUCAUUAACAUUGCAUACAUGUUUAAUACACCCGAGGGGAGGGUGAAGAACCCAGAUUUUUUGAAGGAGGUUUUGUCUCUUUGCAAGAAAGAAGAUCAUCUCAUAGUGGGUUGCCAAAGUGGAGUGAGAUCUGUAUAUGCAACUGUUGAUCUUCUGGCUGAAGGGUUUAAGGAUGUCUCCAACAUGGGUGGAGGUUAUUUGGAUUGGGUUAAAAAGGAAUUUCCUGUCAAGAUACAUGUCACUAAAUAGGAGUUUUACUCACUGCUCAAUUACAUAUGAUUGUUCCCUAUUGUAUCUUUCAAUGGACCACACUUUAGUAUUUACUACUUUAAUUUCAGUGGGUUCAUUAAUUUGUGCGUUUUAGAUGCUUAAGUGUAAUCAUACUGAAUGCAAGGCAAACUAUGUUUACAAUUGUAACUAUUUAAUAAAUGCAAAAUAUUACUAGUA